AUCAUUGCAGCUCUAUGUACAGUACACUACUAAGUAUCAUUAUACACCUGAGUUGAUCUUAGUCAGUAGAGUCUUGUGUAAACAACAUAGUUAAGCUGAAUAAGCUGGAGGGAGAGGUGUAAUGGUUUUAGAGGCGGGUUGUAUACACUGGGUCCAUUUAUACCUGUACAUGGCAAAACACAGCACAGAUUCAUCUCUUCAUAGACAUCUUUUACCCCUCGGGGUGGAUGCUUUCAACAAGAGACUGCCUCAUAUUGCAGGAAUUAUUCAGGACUGGUUUGAGGAACUUUCAGGCCGAGCUUUUCCAUUGCUGUAGUGAUGCGUGUGUCCCAUCUGGUGUAGUUGGGAGCCUUUAGCUGAACCCCCUCCCUCUCCUGUUGCUGUCUCCCCACCACCACCACCACCACCACCACCAAAGACCUCCACCAACGCCACCUCCUUCCUCGUCCACCUCCUCUUCCUCCCUCCGGCCGCCCCUGUGAUGCCUCCCUCGUGCUGUGGCUGCCUGUCACAGUACACCCAUCAUCAUCUGGUUGCCUUCCUCCUCACCUUCUUUAGCUAUGUGUUACUGCAUGCGUCCAGGAAGACAUUCAGCAAUGUGAAAGUGAGCAUCUCAGCCCAGUGGACGCCAUCUGUCCAGAAUGACAGCGCACCCGCUUUCUCCCCUGGCCAGACAUGGGAAGACAAUCAUCUGUUUGCAGAUGAAAAGCAGGCCACUCUGUUCCUGGGAGCUCUGGACUCUAUCUUUCUCUUCUCAUACGCCGUGGGUCUGUAUUUCAGCGGCGUGAUUGGGGACAGAUUUAACCUGCGCUACGUGCUCUGCUUCGGCCUGUGUGGCUCUGCUGCAGUGGAGUUUGUGUUUGGCACUCUGACCGAAUGGCUCCACAUCUACAACAUUUAUCUGUACUGUGGCCUGUGGGUGCUGAACGGCCUGCUGCAAUCCGCCGUCUGGCCCUGCGUGGUGGCCGUCAUGGGCAACUGGUUCGGCAAAGCUGGGCGCGGCUUUGUGUUCGGACUGUGGAGCGCUUGUGCCUCCGUUGGAAACAUACUGGGUGCCUUCUUGGCAUCUAGCGUCCUCAAAUACGGAUACGAGUAUGCUUUCUUGGUGACAUCAGUGGUGCAGUUUGCUGGUGGGGUGGUGGUGUUCUUUGGCCUGCUCACGUCUCCAAAAGAAGUCGGUCUGAGUUUGGAGUCAGAGACUGGACUCGGCCCGGUGGAGACGGACACAGACAGCCACAGACCUCUGAUGAGUGACGAGGAGGGUGAGGUGGAAGUGGAGGUGUAUGGCGGACGAUACCAGUCGGUCCAGCAGCCGGACGAACCUCUGGCCGAGCCUCCUCAAGCCGUCAGCUUCUUGCAAGCUUUCUGUCUGCCUGGAGUGCUGCCCUAUUCGCUGGCAUAUGCAUGUCUGAAGCUGGUCAACUACUCCUUCUUCUUCUGGCUUCCUUUCUAUCUGAGCAACAACUACGGCUGGAAGGAGGCCGAGGCCGACCGUCUGUCUGUGUGGUACGACGUCGGAGGAAUCAUCGGUGGAACACUUCAGGGUCUGAUCUCUGACUUCAUGGGAAAGAGAGCACCGGUGUUGGCCAUGAGUCUGGCGAUGGCGAUGGGAGCUCUGGUUGGAUACAGCAACUCGCCUAAUGACCAGGUGAUCAAUGCAGCGCUGUUGGCUACCACCGGCUUCUUUAUCGGCGGCCCAUCCAACAUGAUCAGCUCGGCCAUAUCUGCCGACUUGGGGAGACAGGAGGCUCUCAGGGGCAGUCAGGAGGCUCUGGCUACCGUUACCGGCAUAGUGGACGGAACUGGAAGUAUAGGAGCUGCUGGGGGACAGUACCUGGUGUCCCUGAUUGAGAGCAGGCUGGGCUGGAUGUAUGUGUUCUACUUCUUUGUGGUCAUGACAGGGGGCAGCAUUGUCUUCAUCACUCCACUGCUCCUCAAGGAGGUGCGCGCCAUGUGGAGAGACCGACAAGCACUGCAGCGCCAGCUGUGAAAGCCUCAACAUCUGCCAGGUGUAAAGUUUUAUCUCAUCACUGACAACACAGCAGGGUCCUCAGAAACUGCUCUUUGGGUGAGUUUUGGGAUGCGGAGAGCCACAGCAGUGAAGGUGCCCUGGAGUUUGGAGAGUCUCCUAACACCCAUGUGCACAGGCUUACAGUUUGAAUGCAAAACUGACGUCUUAUCUACACACUAGCCUAAAAUGUAAAUAUACACCUCCUGUAGGACGAAUGCAAGGAUUUAAAGCUGAAGUGCCUGAUUGAAAGAAGCUUUCAGGUCUUGCAGGGCCAUCACAGAAUGAACUUGUGUAUAUAUAUUAGGUUUUAAAUGGUUGUAAAUACUUUUUACAUGCACUAUAGUUGUACUUGAAUCUAGAUCAAACAAUUUGGACUUUUAACCCAGGAGUUGUUAACUUCUGGUUUCUGGUUUCUUCUGGCCCUUGGAAACAUUUCUGGGUUCAGAAUUGCCUAAAGAAUGUGAUUAAUCAUUUUGAUCUUGAAAUGUAUUGUCAGCUUUUGUACAUAUGUAUAAUGUUUUAGGUCAAAAUAAUGAAUAUUGCACUCUGGGACUGAUCAAGAAUAAUUGAGCAAAGUCUGAAAAGAUUUUAGUGAACAGCUAAGAUCUUAAGAGUUUUGGUAAACUUUCACCUCACAGCCACUUUCUUUCUCUUCUUUACAUUUGAAUGUAAUCAGGGUUA